AAGCGCCCGCCCUCCCGGCCCGUCCCGCGAGGGCGCCGCCCCGCCGCGGGGCUCCUCGCGGCGCCCCCCGCCGCGGCGCCGCCGCCAUGCCCCCCGUCCGGUGGAAGCCCCCGCUGCCCGUGCGCUUCAAGGUGCCCAAGGGCAACAUCGUGCCGCUCCCCGAGAACAAGCAGGAUGUCCUCCUGGGCAAGUCCAUUGUCGCGGCCUCUCCGCACCGGGUCACCGCGGAGCACAUCGAGGUGGGGCGCAAGAUCUUGCGGAGGUACAUGGGCAGGAAGGGCGACUUCCUGAUCAACAUCCACGCCACGUACGCCGUCACGAGGCGGGCGCAGGGCGUGAAGAUGGGGCAGGGCAAGGGCGCGAUAGACCACUUCGUGGCGCGGGUGCCCGCGGGCCGCGUGAUGUUCCACGUGCCGUCCCUGAACCCGCUGGAGACUCUGGGCUUCCAGCCGAACUUGGAGAUGUUCCGCGAGGUCGCGGACAAGAUGCCCAUGUCCACAAGGCCCGCGAGAUUUGCCUCAAUUAGCGGCGCCCGACGCCGUCCCGAGCUGGGAUGCGUGAGCUGCGCGGGCCCCCUUGGCAGAAGCGAGGGGGAUUGUGGAGGAGGCCAGUGGCGGGACGAAAGGGGGCGGAUUGAGGCCAGACUUGGGACCCUCUCGCGUCGUCGCCCAGGGGUGGAUCGCUGCCGCAAUUGUUGUUCCCGAUGA